GCCAAUUGAUUCGAGGUUUGUGUGCCAUGUCGCGGUUUUGCAGGGCUGACUUAGAAGAUAAGAGGGGUUGCCUCUCAUACUCCCGUCAGUGGUCACAGACGUAGACGCUCGCAUCCCUUGCUUUCCCAUCAGCGGCGUGUUGAAUAUUAGAGCUGUCCCCACGAUUUCCGUCCUUCGGAAUUAGCCCAUCUAUCUUCUUGGUUUCCCAUAUUAUACAUACUGCUAGCAUUAAAGUCGAUUUCUGGUCAACAGCAUGAUGAUUGUGUGUCCCGGUGAAGGUCCUUGUCGGUCGGUUUUCCGGACUAUGCUCAGUGCCUUUCUUGUUGCCGUACAUGUGGUCUAUGCCCAAGAAUGCAAUUACGCCGGCGGCUGGUCUCUUCGGUUUCCCAGCUCUUCAUGUCCCCAAGAUGCCCCUUUUGAAUGUGGAAAGGCCGGAGGACUUCAGGUUCGGUGCUGUCCCUCGGGGCUGUCGUGUGCGGGCAACGGCAGCUACGACGGGAACUACUGUUGUCCAGACUCCACUGACUGCUCUUCCUCGGCGUAUAAUCACCCCAAGUGCCCUGAUCCGGCUUGGAGUAUAUGGGUAGCGAACGAUACUGUCAAUGAUAAGCCGGAUACUGGCGCAUGGUGUUGCAAGCCAGAUUACAAAGGCGUAUAUCGAGACAACGGUACUGCCAACUAUUUCUGCACGGCAACAACCAUCUCUACACUCCAGCCUAGCUACUACUGGGCUCAUAUUCUCACUACGACGACAUCCUGUUCCUUGACUGCAGCGCCCACCGCCUUGUCUACAGCAAUGUCUACAGCUUUGUCUUCGGCUACAUCCCACGUAACUUUGGCUGGGACUGCAACAGGCGUAGCAUCCAGCACAGGCACUCGGUCUGAGUCAACGGGCAUGUCAAGCCCAGACGGCCAGGAAACUGCCGGAAUUCCACUUGGAGUCAAAGUUGGAGCAGCGGUCGGCUGUGUGGCCGGCGCCGCACUGAUCGUCGCAGUAAUCCUCUUCAUUAGAAAGAGGAAGCAAAAGACAAUAGUAGGAGUUACACCGUCUGGAGUUACGGAAGAGGGACGUGGAAAGUCUGCGGCCAAGUACUUUUACAAGGGCACGAGACGUCCUAGUGAAUUGGAAACAAUUGAGCGGACCGUUGAGCUCGAUGGCGUAAAACCGACCUAUGAGCUUGACGCGACGAGAAAAGAAGAUCGUCAUGACGUUGUGUCGCCGAUGAGCAUGCGACCAGGCAACUAGGAGUCUCCAUGAAUAAAGUCAAAGUGACGGAUAGCGAUAUGCAUAUAUAGCGUUGAGUCAAGUUGGUUGGAUAUGAUAUCCAUAGGUAUUGUCUAUCGUCGUUCCGCACAGUUGGAUACAUGCAUUGCUGUCUCUUGGUGGAAGGGUGCCGAGAGCUCAGCCACGAAUAAGCAACCGACCGGACGGACUAAGAAGAAUUAAUCUCCACAGGUGCAAUGCCGCCCG